AAUUUAUGUACACAAUUUAACUCAUCUGAGCGUAUCUAGUAUUUUGGAUAAAUUAAUUAUCCAAUUGGUAUUUUCGUCAAGAGUGUAUUUCGGACCUUGAAGUAUUUGGUCACACACAGCUUACUGAGCAGUGAAAAUUCUGAGUGUUAGGUGCACUUUAAAUCAACGUGAGGAAUUCAACCCGCUUACUAAAACAGCCACGUAUAACGGUCCGCCGGUAAAAACCGCACGCGUACGAAAAUAUGGCAACUGCAGCUAACACGACAGCUGGACCAGCGAAAGACGGUGCGCCUGCACCAAAUGCACCAGCGCCUCCAAAGACUUUAAACGGCAUUGUGAAACAAGUGCUAUCUGGUGACACGGUUGUUAUUCGCGCCACCAAAGGUGCUCCGCCACCAGAGAAACAAAUCACUUUCUCCCAUGUACUCGCCCCGAAAUUGGCUCGCCGGCCUGGUGCUGGCGGCGAUGAAACCAAGGACGAGCCCUGGGCAUGGGAAUCGCGCGAGUUUCUGCGCAGUAAACUGGUCGGCGCCGAGGUAACUUUUACCUUUGACAAACCCGCAAAUUCCAACCGUGAAUACGGCUUCGUCUGGUUGGGCAAGGACAAGGAAACUGGUGAGAACGUUGUUGAGUCCAUUGUACGUGAGGGUCUCGUAACUGUUCGCCGCGAGGGACGUCCUACACCCGAGCAGCAGACGCUUAUCGAACUGGAGGAUCAAGCGCGUGCUGCUAACCGUGGCAAAUGGGCGCACAAUGUUAACGCUGCCGAUAAAGUGCGGAACAUUAAGUGGGCGCAUGAGAAUCCAGCGCAUAUCGUCGAUAUCUAUGGCGGCAAGCCUGUUAAGGCAAUCAUCGAGCAUGUGCGCGAUGGCUCCACUGUGCGUGCCUUUUUACUGCCCGAAUUCCACUACAUUACACUUAUGAUAUCGGGUAUUCGCUGCCCUGGCGUGAAAUUGGAUGCCGACGGAAAACCUGACCUUAGUGUCAAGGUUCCCUACGCCGAUGAGGCUCGCUAUUACGUUGAAACACGCCUCCUUCAGCGCGAUGUCGAGAUCAGACUAGAAUCCGUUAACAAUUCUAACUUUAUUGGUACGAUUUUGUACCCCAAGGGCAACAUUGCUGAAUCGCUGCUGCGCGAAGGCUUGGCCAAGUGUGUGGACUGGUCCAUGGCCGUUAUGAAGACAGGAGCUGACAAGUUGCGGGCAGCUGAACGUGUUGCGAAGGAGAAGCGGCUACGCCAGUGGCAGGAUUACCAAGCGAAAACGCCUACUUUCAACUCAAAGGAGAAGGACUUCACGGGUACUGUGGUCGAGGUAUUUAAUGGUGAUGCUAUUAACGUACGCCUUGCCAACGGACAGGUGAAGAAGGUAUUCUUCUCCUCCAUUCGGCCGCCACGUGACCAACGCGCUGUUGUUGGUACAGACGGCGAGGAAAUCGUAAAGGCUCCACCACGUGGCAAAAACUAUCGCCCACUUUACGAAAUUCCGCAUAUGUUCGAUGCGCGUGAAUUUCUCCGCAAGAAGCUGAUUAACAAGAAGGUGCAGUGCAAUCUGGACUAUAUUUCUCCACUGCGGGAUAACUUCCCGGAAAAGCACUGUUACACUGUUCUUAUCGGUGGCCAGAACGUGGCUGAAGCAAUGGUGGCCAAGGGCCUUGCCACUUGUGUGCGUUAUCGUCAGGACGAUGACCAAAGGUCAUCUGCGUACGAUCAACUGAUUGCUGCCGAGCAACAAGCUAUCAAGGGUCUGAAGGGCCUUCACGCUAAGAAGGACAACGCAACGUUGCGCGUCAACGAUCUUACUGUCGAGCAUUCCCGCAUCAAAGUGCAGUACCUGCCUUCUUGGCAACGCGCUUUGCGCACAGAAGCCAUUGUUGAGUUCGCCGCUAGCGGCUCACGCCUGCGUCUAUACGUCCCCAAAGAUAGCUGCCUGGUUACCUUCCUACUUGCUGGUAUAUCAUGCCCACGUUCUUCGCGUCCAGCUCUCAAUGGCAUCCCAGCCCAGGAGGGUGAACCUUUUGGUGAUGAGGCGCUGACGUAUACACGCGAGCGUGUGCUGCAGCGUGAUGUAUCCGUGCAUAUUGACACCACCGAUAAAGCAGGCUCAUCGGUUAUUGGCUGGCUAUGGACCGAUCAGAAUAUUAACCUUUCUGUAGCUCUAGUCGAAGAAGGUCUUGCUGAAGUGCACUUCAGUGCCGAGAAAUCUGAAUACUAUCGACUGCUCAAGAGCGCCGAAGAUCGUGCCAAGGCUGCCAAAAAGAACAUUUGGGCCAAUUACGUAGAACAAGUGCCUGAGGAGAAGGUUGUCGUCGAAGAGGACAAGGAUGAGAAGGUUGUAGUAGAACGCAAAGUCAACUACGAGAACGUUAUCGUGACUGAGAUUACCGAAAAUCUGACAUUCUUUGCCCAAUCUGUCGACAAUGGACCUAAGCUUGAAACAUUGAUGAGCAAGCUACAUGCUGAUUUCCAGGCUAAUCCACCUAUUGCCGGCUCGUACACGCCCAAGCGCGGUGACUUGGUCGCUGCUCAAUUCACCUUCGAUAAUCAAUGGUAUCGCGCCAAGGUGGAGCGCAUUCAAGGCAACAACGCCAGUGUCUUGUAUAUUGACUAUGGCAACAAGGAAACUCUGCCUAUUAGCCGGUUGGCUGCCUUGCCACCUGCCUUUAGCAGCGAGAAACCUCAUGCUACCGAGUACGCACUCGCCUUAAUCGCACUGCCCGCUGACAAUGAGGACAAGGAGGAAGCAUUGCGCGCCUUUUCUGACGAUGUGCUGAACCAUAAAGUGCAGUUAAAUGUUGAGUUGAAGGUCGGCGGUGGUCCCCAUUUGGCCACCCUGCACGACCCAACAACGAAGACGGACUUGGGUAAGCAGCUCGUUGCCGAUGGACUUGUGCUGGUUGAGAAGAGGCGCGAGCGUCGGCUCAAGGAGCUUGUGGAGCAGUACAGGACUGCACAGGAAGCUGCCUUGGCUGCACAUUUGGCUAUUUGGAAGUACGGCGACAUAACGCAGGAUGAUGCGCCCGAAUUCCGCUAGGAGAUGGUUCAAAGCGUGCAGUAGGCAGGCGGCGUGUGGAGCGCGCGCUGCUGGCUGAAAUGUUUGUCUGCCACAUACCCGCCCUUUAUAUAUUACAACAACAAGCAACAACUUAAUGAAUAUGAAAUUACUAAUUCUAUAAAUACACUCACACAAACAAACACACCAAUUUAUAUACAUAUAUAAAUAUAUGAUGCAUAUAACCACAUUGAAAACAUUUGAGCAACAGGAAAAAAGAGAAGAAAAAAACAUGGAGGAAAGGUUGAAACUUGAAACAUUUGUAUGCUUUAAGCAGCUGAUAAACCGUUCAAAAUUCGGUUUUACGGUUUUUAAAACUUUAAUAAUUCUUUAAACAAAUAUACAAACAUACAACGUAAACAAAAACUAGCAGCAAUUGACCAUUUUGUAAACGGUUAACUUCCAAUA